AUGCCGAACUGGGAGCUCAAGAACUGUUGUGACCAUGAUCAGAAGGUCUUCAUUGCUUGUGUUGCUGCCUUCACCGUUGUAAUCCUCGUGCUAUGGAGGACCUUUCUACUCACACCUUUCAAGCUCAUCACUGUGUUUCUGCAUGAAGCAAGUCAUGCCAUUGCUUGCUGGCUCACUUGUGGCAAGGUGGAGGGAAUUCAGGUUCACGCAAAUGAGGGUGGGGUAACCCAGACACGUGGUGGCAUAUACUGGGUGAUCUUGCCUGCUGGAUAUCUUGGUUCAUCAUUUUGGGGAAUGACUUUGAUACUUGCGUCCACAAAUCUUCUCACUGCAAAAAUUGCUGCGGGUUGCUUUAUUGCUGCUCUAAUUGUUGUGCUCUUUCUUGCAAAAAAUUGGACACUUCGAGGACUCUGUAUUGGAUUCAUUGUUUUUAUUGCUGUUGUUUGGCUUCUGCAAGAGAAAACAACAGUUCAUAUCCUUCGCUAUGUCAUUCUCUUCAUUGGUGUGAUGAACAGUUUGUUUUCAGUUUAUGAUAUUUAUGAUGAUUUAAUAUCCCGAAGAGUCCAUUCCAGUGAUGCUGAAAAGUUUGCAGAAGUUUGCCCGUGCCCUUGCAAUGGUUUUGGAUGGGGAGUUAUUUGGGGGAUAAUAUCGUUUGCAUUUCUUUGCGGAUCUUUGUACCUUGGCUUGGUCAUAUUAUCAUGA